AUGAAUUUUAAUUCCUUCAACACAUUCGGCCAUUGGGGUGUAUUCGAAACCCAGGAAGAAAAGCAAAUACGCGAACAAAAGGAGAAGGAACAACAACAACAACGUGAAUUACAGCAACAAGAAACAGAAUCGUAUGAACAUACUUCAAAAAAUAGGGAAACGGAAAAUAAUGAAAUCGAUCUCUUGGUCACCUCACUUGGAUUAACCUCUCUGGUUAAAGAGAUUGGCGAGGACAAAAAUAAGGAGGAUGGUUUGAAGACUAACGACGAAAAAAUACUCGAGAUAGUACUAGAAAGCGAUGAAGAUAAUGAAAAAGAAAGUAAUGAUCCAACAAAUGUAUCAGAAAAAAAGGAAGAAAAGGAAAAAGACGUUAAGAAGGAGGAAAACCCUUUUAUCGGGCCAAAACCAGUUGAAAUAGAAAACCCGUUACCAUUAUCAAUUUUGAAACGUCGCUCAGUGCCUUUAAUUGAAUAUCUAUGUCAACUACACAACUGUGCAUUCAAAGAGCUUCAUGUACUUUUCUAUAACAUCGAAAAACGCCGAGAAAUAAUUUUACACUUACAAAAUCAAGUUCAACUACGUACAUCACAUUUACUUCCUUAUAAAAAUUUUGUUAUUCGGUGCAACGAUUUUACUGUCCAACCAGCAAGUAUUGUUCCUGCGAUGGGCGGAUAUUUGAAUAUAACGGUACGUGGGUACUACUAUGUAAAACAUGGCAUCAAAUUACACCACCCAUACUUGCCAUGCUUAAUUGAAUUUGGAGGAGGACACCAUCGUUCUUACUACCCGCUCGAAGUUAUUUGUAAAGUAAAUAUGAAUAUCGAAAAUUGUACAUGUGUUUUUAAGCUUUUGCCAGGCAUUCAAAGAUUUUCAUCAGAAAAUUUUCUCAAAAUAGCUAGAUGCGGCAUAAAUACUGAAUAUAAUCCUAAACGAUUCCACUCAAUAAUAAUGCGUAUUCGACAUAAACAUACCAAAACAACCGCAGCAUUAAUUUUUCAAUCUAGUAAAGUGGUGCUAACAGGUGUUCCCAACGUUAAGUCAGCUAGAAAAAUGGCUUCAAUAGUGUUAAAAAGAAUAGAAUUUUCUAUAAAAGAAGCAAAAAUACAACAAUUUUCUCAACUUGGAAUCAUAAGCCUUAAAGUUACAAAUAUUGUCAGCUCAUAUCGAAGUAUGAACCGAGUUGCGAUUGAAUUGAUAUAUCAGGAAUUCAGAAGGCGACAUAAAUAUGACAAAUUAUUUGAAAAAAUAACAAAAGUUUCCUAUGAUCCCACAAUAUUUCCAGCUUUGAGAUUCAAGAUGAAUGAUGACAAGUUUAAAAGAGAAGCUUCAUGCCUUAUCUACAUUUCUGGGCGUGUUAUAUUAACCGGAAUAAAUUCUACUAAACAGGUCGACUAUUUAUUCGACAAUAUAAUUUUACCCCUACUUUUAAAAUUUCCAAGAUUGUAA